AUGCAGCUGCCAGCGCUCUUGCACUUGGUCGGCCACGCCGACUGGCCGCGGCUGCUCGCCGCGCUCACCGAGCUGCCGACGCCGUCGCCGCUGCGCUGUGACGGGAGCGGCUUGACACUGCUCCACUGGGCCUGUCUCGACCGCGAUGUGCCCGCGUACAUUAUUGUCACGAUGCUCAACGUCUUCCCGGACGCGGCGGCCGUCGCCACGCCGAGCGGCGACACGCCCUUGGCGCUCGCGACACGGCGAAUGUGCCGGCAGCACGUUCUGAACGUGCUUGUUGCGGCAUGUCCCGAGGAGACCAAGUCGACAACGACCACGGUGCAUCGGUGUCGGUCGCUCCCGCCGCGGUGGCUAGAAGACGUCAAGUGCGGUCUCUGUUUUGCAGCGUUUACGCCGGCGCGCCGGCGGCACCACUGCCGCAACUGCGGGCUCAGCGUCUGUGCGACCCACAGCCAGCACAAGGCGUGCCUCGCGACUCCAGCGACGGCACCACAGCGUCUCUGUGACGUGUGCGCGUCAACGCUAGCGCAAUUCGCCGACCUCGUCGACAACCAAGAGACUAUGUAA